UCACAUGGUCAUGACAUCAUCACAGGUCCUGUACCUUCUCCUGCAGCACAGCCUGGAGCCCGACUCCUGCAUGGUGGUAGAAAUUACAGCCCAGGAGGCUCCAUAGUGAAGGGUUGUCAGAGGAGGACACGCCUGCCCCCAGAUGACUGUACCAGGAACUCAGAGAAACAUCUGAUAUCUUUAGAUUUUGAAGUAGAUGAUUGUGAUAUCACACGAGAUACAUUUGAAGAGCAUGCAAAUAUCCAAGAUAUACCUUCAUCCAAUCACAGCAACAAUGCAUCAUUUGAUCCUUUUAAACACGUCCGAUCUUCUGAUUCAUCACGGACUGAAACGCAGAAUAAAAGUCACAGAAAAGGUGUUAAACAUCAAACAGCUCACAUAAGAGAGAAGCCAUUUUCAUGUUCGGAAUGUGGGAAAUGUUUUAACCAAAAUUCAAAUCUUGUUAUACAUCAGAAAAUUCACACAGGAGAAAAGCCAUUUUCAUGUUCAGAAUGUUGGAAAUGUUUUAACCGUAAAUCAGCUCUUGUUAUACAUAAGAGAAUUCACACAGGAGAGAAGCCAUUUUCAUGUUCAGAAUGUGGAAAAUGUUUUCACCAUAAAUCAGCUCUUGUUAUACAUCAGAGAAUUCACACAGGGAAGAAGCCAUUUUCAUGUUCAGAUUGUGGAAAAUGUUGUAUCCAUAAAUCAGAUCUUGUUAUACAUCAGAGAAUUCACACAGGGGAGAAGCCAUUUUCAUGUUCAGAAUGUGGGAAAUGUUUUAACCGUAAAUCAGAUCUUGUUGUACAUCAGAGAAUUCACACAGGGGAAAAGCCAUUUUCAUGUUUAGAAUGUGGGAAAUGUUUUAACCGUAAAUCAAAUCUUGUUAGACAUCAGAGAAUCCACACAGGAGAGAAGCCAUUUUCAUGUUCAGAAUGUGGGAAAUGUUUUAAAAUUAAAUCACAUCUUGUUAUACAUCAGAGAAUUCACACAGGAGAGAAGCCAUUUUCAUGUUCAGACUGUGGGAAAUGUUUUAAGAUUAAAUCAGAUCUUGUUAUACAUCAGAGAAUUCACACAGGGGAGAAGCCAUUUUCAUGUUCAGAAUGUGGUAAAUGCUUUAACCAUAAAUCAAGUCUUGUUAUACAUCAGAGAAUUCACACAGGAGAGAAGCCAUUUUUAUGUUCAGAAUGUGGGAAAUGUUUUAAGAGUAAAUCAGAAUUUGUUGUACAUCAGAGAUGUCACACAGGGGAGAAGCCAUUUUCAUGUUCAGAAUGUGCAAAAUGUUUUAGCCAUAAAUCAGAGCUUGUUGCACAUCAGAAAAUUCACACAGGGGAGAAGCCAUUUUCGUGUUCAGAAUGUGGGAAAUGUUUUAUCCUUAAAUCAGAUCUUGUUGUACAUCAAAGAAUUCACACAGGGGAGAAGCCAUUUUCAUGUUCAGAAUGUGGUAAAUGUUUUAACCAAAAAUCAGCUCUUGUUACACAUCAGAGAAUUCACACAGGAGAGAAGCCAUUUUCGUGUUCAGAAUGUGGGAAAUGUUUUAUCCUUAAAUCAGAUCUUGUUGUACAUCAAAGAAUUCACACAGGGGAGAAGCCAUUUUCAUGUUCAGAAUGUGGUAAAUGUUUUAACCAAAAAUCUGCUCUUGUUACGCAUCAGAGAAUUCACACAGGGGAGAAGCCAUUUUCAUGUUCAGAAUGUGGUAAAUGUUUUAAACAAAAAGCAGCUCUUGUUAACCAUAAUAAAAAACACGUAAAAGAGAAGCCGUUUUCAUGUUCAGAAUGUGGUAAAUGUUUUGAGUAUAAAUCAGCUCUUGUUGUACAUCAGAGAACUCACACAGGAGAGAAGCCAUAUCCAUGUUCAGAAUGUGGGAAAUGUUUUAAGCAGAAAUCAGCUCUUGUUAUACAUCAGAGAACUCACACAGGAGAGAAGCCAUAUCCAUGUUCAGAAUGUGGGAAAUGUUUUAACCAUAAAUCAGAUCUUGUUGUACAUCAGAGAAUUCACAAAGGAGAAAAGCCAUAUCCAUGUUCAGAAUGUGGUAAAUUUUUUAACAGCAAAUCAGAACUUGUUGUACAUCUGAGAAUUCACACCGGGGAGAAGCCAUUUUCAUGUUCAGAAUGUGGGAAAUGUUUUAAGCAUAAAUCAAAUCUUGUUGUACAUCAGAGAAAUCACACAGGGGAGAAUCCAUUUUCGUGUUCAGAAUGUUUGAAAUGUUUUAAGCAUAAAUCGGCACUUGUUGUACAUCAGAGAAUUCACACAGGAGAGAAGCCAUUUUUAUGCUCAGAAUGUGGGAAAUGUUUUAAGCAUAAAUCAAAUCUUGUUGUACAUCAGAGAAUUCACAAAGGAGAAAAGCCGUAUCCAUGUUCAGAAUGUGGUACAUUUUUUAACAGUAAAUCAGAUCUUGUUAUACAUGAGAGAAUUCACACAGGGGAGAAGCCAUUUUCAUGUUCAGAAUGUGGGAAAUGUUUUAAGCAGAAAUCAGAACUUGUUGUACAUCUGAGAAUUCAUACUGGGAAAAAGCCAUUUUCAUGUUCAGAAUAAUGUGGGAAAUGUUUUAACCAUAAAUCACAUCUUGUUAGACAUCAAAUAAUUCACACAGGAGAGAAGCCAUUUUCAUGUUCAGAAUGUGAGAAAUGUUUUAACCGUAAAUCAUACCUUGUUAUACAUCAGAGAAUUCACACAGGAGAGAAGCCAUUUUUAUGUUCAGAAUGUGGGAAAUGUUUUAACCAUAAAUCACAUUUUGUUACACAUCAGAGAAUUCACACAGGAGAGAAGCCAUUUUCAUGUUCAGAAUGUGGGAAAUGUUUUUACAAUAAAUCAUAUCUUGUUAUACAUCAGAGAAUUCACACAGGAGAGAAGCCAUUUUCAUGUUCAGAAUGUGGGAAAUGUUUUAACCAUAAAUCAGAUCUUGUUACACAUCAGAGAAUUCACACAGGAAAGAAGCUAUUUCUAUGUUUAGAAUGUGGGAAAUGUUUUAACCGUAAAUCACAUCUUGUUAUACAUCAGAGAAAUCACACAGGAGAGAAGCCAUUUUCAUGUUCAGAAUGUGGGAAAUGUUUUAACCAUAAAUCAGAUCUUGUUACACAUCAGAGAAUUCACACAGGAGAGAAGCCAUUUUUAUGUUCAGAAUGUGGGAAAUGUUUUAAGAGUAAAUCAUACCUUGUUAUACAUCAGAGAAUUCACACAGGAGAGAAGCCAUUUUCAUGUUCAGAAUGUGAUAUGUGUUUCACCCAUAAAUCAUCUCUUGAGACACAUCAGAGAAUUCACACAGGAGAGAAACCAUUUUCAUGUUCAGAAUGUGAGAAAUGUUUUAACCGUAAAUCAUACCUUGUUAUACAUCAGAGAAUUCACACAGGAGAGAAGCCAUUUUUAUGUUCAGAAUGUGGGAAAUGUUUUUACAAUGAAUCAGAUCUUGUUAUACAUCAGAGAAUUCACACAGGAGAGAAGCCAUUUUCAUGUUCAGAAUGUGGGAAAUGUUUUAACCAUAAAUCAGAUUUUGUUAGACAUCAGAGAAUUCACACAGGAAAGAAGCUAUUUCUAUGUUUAGAAUGUGGGAAAUGUUUUAACCGUAAAUCACAUCUUGUUAUACAUCAGAGAAAUCACACAGGAGAGAAGCCAUUUUCAUGUUCAGAAUGUGGGAAAUGUUUUAACAAUAAAUCAGAUCUUGUUAUACAUCAGAGAAUUCACACAGGAGAGAAGCCAUUUUUAUGUUCAGAAUGUGGGAAAUGUUUUAAGAGUAAAUCAUACCUUGUUAUACAUCAGAGAAAUCACACAGGAGAGAAGCCGUUUUCAUGUUCAGAAUGUGGGAAAUGUUUUAACCGUAAAUCACGUGUUGUUAUACAUCAGAGAAUUCACACAGGAGAGAAGCCGUUUUCAUGUUCAGAAUGUGGGAAAUGUUUUAACCGUAAAUCACAUCUUGUUAUGCAUCAGAGAAUUCACACAGGAGAGAAGCCGUUUUCAUGUUCAGAAUGUGGGAAAUGUUUUAACUAUAAAUCAGAUCUUGUUGUACAUCAGAGAAUUCACACAGGAGAGAAGCCAUUUUCAUGUUCAGAAUGUGAUAUGUGUUUCACCCAUAAAUCAUCUCUUGUUAAUCAUCAAAAAACCCACGUAAGAGGGAAGCCAUUUUCAUGUUCAGAAUGUGGGAAAUGUUUUAACCGUAAAGCACAUCUUGUUAUACAUCAGAGAAUUCACACAGGAGAGAAGCCAUUUUCAUGUUCAGAAUGUGAUAAAUGUUUUAACCGUAAAUCAUACCUUGUUAUACAUCAGAGAAUUCACACAGGAGAGAAGCCAUUUUUAUGUUCAGAAUGUGGUAAAUGUUUUAAGAGUAAAUCAUACCUUGUUAAACAUCAGAGAAUUCACACAGGAGAGAAGCCAUUUUCAUGUUCAGAAUGUGGGAAAUGUUUUUACAAUAAAUCAGAUCUUGUUAUACAUCAGAGAAUUCACACAGGAAAGAAACUAUUUCUAUGUUUAGAAUGUGGGAAAUGUUUUAACCGUAAAUCACAUCUUGUUAUACAUCAGAGAAAUCACACAGGAGAGAAGCCAUUUUCAUGUUCAGAAUGUGGGAGAUGUUUUAACAAUAAAUCAGAUCUUGUUAUACAUCAGAGAAUUCACACAGGAGAGAAGCCAUUUUUAUGUUCAGAAUGUGGGAAAUGUUUUAACCGUAAAUCACGUGUUGUUAUGCAUCAGAGAAUUCACACAGGAGAGAAGCCGUUUUCAUGUAAAGAAUGUGGGAAAUGUUUUAACCGUAAAUCACAUCUUGUUAUGCAUCAGAGAAUUCACACAGGAGAGAAGCCGUUUUCAUGUUCAGAAUGUGGGAAAUGUUUUAACCAUAAAUCAGAUCUUGUUGUACAUCAGAGAAUUCACACGGGGGAGAAGCCGUUUUCAUGUUCAGAAUGUGGAAAAUGUUUUAACCGUAAAUCAGAUCUUGUUGUACAUCAGAGAAUUCACACAGGAGAGAAGCCAUUUUCAUGUUCAGAAUGUGAUAUGUGUUUCACCCAUAAAUCAUCUCUUGUUAAUCAUCAAAAAAAACACACAGGUAGGAAGCCAUUUUCAUGUUCAGAAUGUGGGAAAUGUUUUAACCAUAAAUCACAUCUUGUUAGACAUCAGAGAAUUCACACAGGAGAGAAGCCAUUUUCAUGUUCAGAAUGUGAGAAAUGUUUUAACCGUAAAUCAUACCUUGUUAUACAUCAGAGAAUUCACACAGGAGAGAAGCCAUUUUUAUGUUCAGAAUGUGGGAAAUGUUUUAAGAGUAAAUCACAUCUUGUUACACAUCAGAGAAUUCACACAGGAGAGAAGCCAUUUUCAUGUUCAGAAUGUGGGAAAUGUUUUUACAAUGAAUCAGAUCUUGUUAUACAUCAGAGAAUUCACACAGGAGAGAAGCCAUUUUCAUGUUCAGAAUGUGGGAAAUGUUUUAACCAUAAAUCAGAUUUUGUUAGACAUCAGAGAAUUCACACAGGAAAGAAGCUAUUUCUAUGUUUAGAAUGUGGGAAAUGUUUUAACCGUAAAUCACAUCUUGUUAUACAUCAGAGAAAUCACACAGGAGAGAAGCCAUUUUCAUGUUCAGAAUGUGGGAAAUGUUUUAACAAUAAAUCAGAUCUUGUUAUACAUCAGAGAAUUCACACAGGAGAGAAGCCAUUUUUAUGUUCAGAAUGUGGGAAAUGUUUUAAGAGUAAAUCAUACCUUGUUAUACAUCAGAGAAAUCACACAGGAGAGAAGCCAUUUUCAUGUUCAGAAUGUGGGAAAUGUUUUAACCGUAAAUCACGUGUUGUUAUACAUCAGAGAAUUCACACAGGAGAGAAGCCGUUUUCAUGUUCAGAAUGUGGAAAAUGUUUUAACCGUAAAUCACAUCUUGUUAUGCAUCAGAGAAUUCACACAGGAGAGAAGCCGUUUUCAUGUUCAAAAUGUGGGAAAUGUUUUAACUAUAAAUCAGAUCUUGUUGUACAUCAGAGAAUUCACACAGGGGAGAAGCCGUUUUCAUGUUCAGAAUGUGGAAAAUGUUUUAACCGUAAAUCAGAUCUUGAUGUACAUCAGAGAAUUCACACAGGAGAGAAGCCAUUUUCAUGUUCAGAAUGUGAUAUGUGUUUCACCCAUAAAUCAUCUCUUCGGAUCCAUCGAACAGCUCACGUAAGAGGGAAGCCAUUUUCAUGUUCAGAAUGUGGGAAAUGUUUUAACCGUAAAUCACAUCUUGUUAAACAUCAGAGAAUUCACACAGGAGAGAAGCCAUUUUUAUGUUCAGAAUGUGGGAAAUGUUUUUACAAUAAAUCAGAUCUUUUUAUACAUCAGAGAAUUCACACAGGAGAGAAGCCAUUUUCAUGUUCAGAAUGUGGGAAAUGUUUUAACUAUAAAUCAGAUCUUGUUACACAUCAGAGAAUUCACACAGGAAAUAAGCUAUUUCUAUGUUUAGAAUGUGGGAAAUGUUUUAACCGUAAAUCACAUCUUGUUAUACAUCAGAGAAUUCACACAGGAGAGAAGCCAUUUUCAUGUUCAGAAUGUGAGAAAUGUUUUAACCGUAAAUCAGAUCUUGUUAUACAUCAGAGAAUUCACACAGGAGAGAAGCCAUUUUCAUGUUCAGAAUGUGGGAAAUGUUUUAACAAUAAAUCAUAUCUUGUUAUACAUCAGAAAAUUCACACAGGAGAGAAGCCAUUUUCAUGUUCAGAAUGUGGGAUAUGUUUUAACCGUAAAUCACAUCUUGUUAUACAUCAGAGAAUUCACACAGGAGAGAAGCCGUUCUUAUGUUCAGAAUGUGGGAAAUGUUUUAACCGUAAAUCACAUCUUGUUACGCAUCAGAGAAUUCACACAGGAGAGAGGCCGUUUUCAUGUUCAGAAUGUGGGAAAUGUUUUAACCAUAAAUCAGAUUUUGUUGUACAUCAGAGAAUUCACACAGGGGAGAAGCCGUUUUCAUGUUCAGAAUGUGGAAAAUGUUUUAACCAUAAAUCAGAUCUUGUUGUACAUCAGAGAAUUCACACAGGAGAGAAGCCAUUUUCAUGUUCAGAAUGUGAUAUGUGUUUCACCCAUAAAUCGUCUCUUGUUAAUCAUCAAAAAACCCACACAGGUGAGAAGCCAUUUUCAUGUUCAGAAUGUGGUAAAUGUUUUGAGUAUAAAUCAGCUCUUGUUGUACAUCAGAGAAUUCACACAGGGGAGAAGCCAUUUUCAUGUUCAGAAUGUGGUAAAUGUUUUGAGUAUAAAUCAGCUCUUGUUGUACAUCAGAGAAUUCACACAGGGGAGAAGCCAUUUUCAUGUUCAGAAUGUGGGAAAUGCUUUAACCAGAAAUCAGAUCUUGUUAAACAUCAGAGAAUUCACACAGGAGAGAAGCCAUUUUCAUGUUCAGAAUGUGGUAAAUGUUUUCACCUAAAAUCAAAUCUUGUUACACAUCAGAAAACUCACACAGGGGAGAAGCAAUUUUCAUGUUCACUAUGUGGGAAAUGUUUUAACCAGAAAUCAAAUCUUGUUACACAUCAGAAAACUCACACAGGAGAGAAGCCAUUUUCAUGUUCAGAUUGUGGAAAAUGUUUUAACCAGAAAUCAAAUCUUGUUAUACAUCAGAGAAUUCACACAGGAGAGAAGCCAUUUUCAUGUUCAGAAUGUGGGAAAUGUUUUAAGAGUAAAUCAGAAUUAGUUAUACAUCAGAGAAAUCACACAGGGGAGAAACUACUUUCAUGUUCAGAAUGUGGAAAAUGUUUUAACACUAAAUCACAUCUUGUUAUACAUCAGAGAAUUCACACAGGAGAGAAGCCAUUUUUAUGUUCACAAUGUGGGAAAUGUUAUAACAGUAAAUCACAUCUUGUUAUACAUCAGAGAAUUCACACAAGAGAGAAGCCAUUUUCAUGUUCAGAAUGUCGGAAAUGUUUCAACAGUAAAUCAUAUCUUGUUAUAGAUCAGAGAAUUCACACAGGAGAGAAGCCAUUUUCAUGUUCAGAAUGUGGGAAAUCCUUCAAUAUAAAUGCCUAUCUUGUUAUACAUGAGAGAAAUCACACAGGAGAGAAGCCAUUUUCAUGUUCAGAAUGUGGGAAAUGUUUUAAACGUAAAUCACAUCUUGUUAUACAUCAGAGAAUUCACACAGGAGAGAAGCCAUUUUCAUGUUCAGAAUGUGGGAAAUGUUUUAAGUGUAAAUCAGUUCUUGUUGUACAUCAGAGAAUUCACACAGGAGAGAAGCCAUUUGUAUGUUCAGAAUGUGGGAAAUGUUUUAAGUGUAAAUCAGAUCUUGUUAUACAUCAGAGAAUUCACACAGGAAAAAAGCCAUUUUCAUGUUCAGAAUGUGGGAAAUGUUUUAACCGUAAAUCACAUCUUGUUACACAUCAGAGAAUUCACACAGGGGAGAAGCCAUUUUCAUGUUCAGAAUGUGGGAAAUGUUUUAUCCGUAAAUCAGGUCUUGUUAUACAUCAGAGAAAUCACACAGGGGAGAAGCUAUUUUCAUGUUCAGAAUGUGGAAAAUGUUUUAACCAGAAAUCAGAUCUAGUUACACAUCAGAGAACUCACACAGGGGAGAAGCCAUUUUCAUGUUCAGAAUGUGGGAAAUGUUUUAACUCUAAAUCAUAUCUUGCUAUACAUCAGAGAAUUCACACAGGAGAGAAGCUAUUUUCAUGUUUAGAAUGUGGAAAAUGUUUUAACCAGAAAUCAGAUCUAGUUAUACAUCAGAGAAUUCACACAGGGGAGAAGCCAUUUUCAUGUUCAGAAUGUGAGAAAUGUUUUAACCGUAAAUCAGAUCUUGUUAUACAUCAGAGAAUUCACACAGGGGAGAAGCUAUUUUCAUGUUCAGAAUGUGGGAAAUGUUUUAAGAUUAAAUCAGAAUUUGUUAUACAUCAGAGAAUUCACACAGGGGAGAAGCCAUUUUCAUGUUCAGAAUGUGGGAAAUGUUUUAACCAGAAAUCAGCUCUUGUUGUACAUCAGAGAAUUCACACAGGGGAGAAGCCAUUUUCAUGUUCAGAAUGUGGGAAAUGUUUUAACCAAAAAUCAUAUCUUGCUGUACAUCAGAAAAUUCACACAGGAGAGAAGCUAUUUUCAUGUUCAGAAUGUGGCAAAUGUUUUAAGAGUAAACCAGAAUUAGUUAUACAUCAGAGAAAUCACACAGGGGAGAAGCCAUUUUCAUGUUCAGAAUGUGGGAAAUGUUUAAACCAGAAAUCAGAUUUUGUUAUACAUCAGAGGAUUCACACAGGGGAGAAGCCAUUUUCAUGUUCAGAAUGUGGAAAAUGUUUUUACCGUAAAACAGAUCUUGUUUCACAUCAGAGAAUUCACACAGGGGAGAAGCCAUUUUCAUGUUCAGAAUCUGGUAAAUUAUUAGCCUCCAAACUAAAACUCCACACACAUCAAACAGCUCACUUAAAAGAGAAGCCAUUUUCAUGUUCAGAAUGUGGGAAAUGUUUGAAGAGUAAAUCAGGUCUUGAUAGACAUCAGAGAAUUCACACAGGAGAGAAGCUAUUUUCAUGUUUAGAAUGUGGAAAAUGUUUUAACCAGAAAUCAGAUCUAGUUAUACAUCAUAGAAUUCACACAGGGGAGAAGCCAUUUUCAUGUUCAGAAUGUGGGAAAUGUUUUAACCGUAAAUCAGAUCUUGUUAUACAUCAGAGAAUUCACACAGGGGAGAAGCUAUUUUCAUGUUCAGAAUGUGGGAAAUGUUUUAAGAUUAAAUCAGAAUUUGUUAUACAUCAGAGAAUUCACACAGGGGAGAAGCCAUUUUCAUGUUCAGAAUGUGGGAAAUGUUUUAACCAGAAAUCAGCUCUUGUUGUACAUCAGAGAAUUCACACAGGGGAGAAGCCAUUUUCAUGUUCAGAAUGUGGGAAAUGUUUUAACCAAAAACCAUAUCUUGCUGUACAUCAGAAAAUUCACACAGGAGAGAAGCUAUUUUCAUGUUCAGAAUGUGGCAAAUGUUUUAAGAGUAAACCAGAAUUAGUUAUACAUCAGAGAAUUCACACAGGGGAGAAGCCAUUUUCAUGUUCAGAAUGUGGGAAAUGUUUUAACCAGAAAUCAGAUUUUGUUAUACAUCAUAGGAUUCACACAGGGGAGAAGCCAUUUUCAUGUUCAGAAUGUGGGAAAUGUUUUUACCGUAAAACUGAUCUUGUUUCACAUCAGAGAAUUCACACAGGGGAGAAGCCAUUUUCAUGUUCAGAAUAAUGUGGGAAAUGUUUUAGCCGUAAAUCAGGUCUUGAUAGACAUCAGAGAAUUCACAGAGGGGAGAAGCCAUUUUCAUGUUCAGAAUGUGGGAAAUGUUUUAGCCGUAAAUCAGGUCUUGAUAGACAUCAGAGAAAUCAUACAGGGGAGAAGCCAUUUUCAUGUUCAGAAUGUGGGAAAUGUUUUAACCAGAAAUCAGAUUUUGUUAUACAUCAGAGAAAUCACACAGGGGAGAAGCUAUUUUCAUGUUCAGAAUGUGGAAAAUGUAUGAACCAGAAAUCACAUCUAGUUAUACAUCAGAGAAUUCACACAGGGGAGAAGCCAUUUUCAUGUUCAGAAUGUGGGAAAUGUUUUAACCGUAAAUCAGAUCUUGUUAUGCAUCAGAGAAUUCACACAGGAGAGAAGCUAUUUUCAUGUUCAGAAUGUGGGAAAUAUUUUAGCCGUAAAUCAGGUCUUGAUAGACAUCAGAGAAUUCACAGAGGGGAGAAGCCAUUUUCAUGUUCAGAAUGUGGGAAAUGUUUUAGCCGUAAAUCAGGUCUUGUUAUACAUCAGAGAAAUCAUACAGGGGAGAAGCCAUUUUCAUGUUCAGAAUGUGGGAAAUGUUUUAACCAGAAAUCAGAUUUUGUUAAACAUCAGAGAAAUCACACAGGGGAGAAGCUAUUUUCAUGUUCAGAAUGUGGAAAAUGUAUUAACCAGAAAUCAGAUCUAGUUAUACAUCAGAGAAUUCACACAGGGGAGAAGCCAUUUUCAUGUUUAGAAUGUGGGAAAUGUUUUAACCGUAAAUCAGAUCUUGUUAUACAUCAGAGAAUUCACACAGGAGAGAAGCUAUUUUCAUGUUCAGAAUGUGGGAAAUAUUUUAGACGUAAAUCAGGUCUUGUUAUACAUCAGAGAAUUCACACAGGGGAGAAGCCAUUUUCAUGUUCAGAAUGUGGGAAAUGUUUUAACCAGAAAUCAGCUCUUGUUGCACAUCAGAGAAUUCACACAGGGGAGAAGCCAUUUUCAUGUUCAGAAUGUGGGAAAUGUUUUAACCAAAAAUCAUAUCUUGUUAUACAUCAGAAAAUUCACACAGGAGAGAAGCUAUUUUCAUGUUCAAAAUGUGGCAAAUGUUUUAAGAGUAAAUCAGAAUUAGUUAUACAUCAGAGAAUUCACACAGGGGAGUAGCCAUUUUCAUGUUCAGAAUGUGGGAAAUGUUUUAACCAGAAAUCAGAUUUUGUACAUCAGAGAAUUCACACAGGGGAGAAGCCAUUUUCAUGUUCAGAAUGUGAUAUGUGUUUCAACUAUAAAAUAUCUGUUGUUAAUCAUCAAAAAACCCACAUAUAAGAGAAGCCAUCUUCAUGCUUAGCCCGUUAGUGACCUCCUCCUUUAUAUGGUUUUAUGGUGGUCACUAACUGGCUUUUUUCCUUCAGAUCCUCCUUUUUACAGGGAGAUAAAACAGUGCCUUGCUUUCAGUUACCAGAGGUAGCUGAGGGCUUGGCGCAAUUAUUGGGACCGCUGUGAGACCUCCCCAAACAAACAUAGUCUCCUAUAGUGAAUGAAUAUUGGCAAUCA